GCUUUUGAUUUGCAUUUUAAUGAUGUGAAGGAUGCAUCUGUAGAUAGAGACUUAGAAGAUCAAGAAGGCAGUGACCUUGGAUUAACAAGUCAAAGAUUAGUGGGAAGUUCAGCACCUGUCAGUAUUGCAAGUUCUCUUGUUCGUUCCUCGUCUUUACAUUCGUCAUCAUCCCUUUCAACUUCUCCACUCAGUUCUCUCUCACAAUCGGUGUCUCAGUCUUUUGUUUCAUCCACUACAGCUCCUUUCCACCAGCUGCCUUUGAAGACAGAACAUAGCAUGUUAGGCACCUCAGCUUCUUCUCACAACUCUUUAGGUUUAAAUGGUGUUACAGGGAGCACUUGGGACUUUGUAACUGGGAAUUUCUCUCCUAGUCCAUCCCCAGUACUAAGCAGUGGCACUGCCCCAUCAAUAAGUUCAAAUGCCACUGGGAAUGAACUAACUCAAGUUAGACAGGAACUUGAUGAUGCCAAGAGAAAACUAAAACAAUGGGAAGAAUCUUGGCAACAGGUAAAACAGGCAUGCGAUGCGUGGCAGAAGGAGGCUCAAGAAGCAAAAGAACGUGCUGACAUCGCAGAUGCGGACAAACAGCUCGCUCUUCAGAAGAAGGAGGAAGUGGAAAACAAAAUAAAGAAGCUAAAGGCGCAGUUAGCUGCUUGUCUGUCUACUACGCUACCUUAUAUGAAAAAGCAUGGAGAUAUAGAUAAGAUAUCAUUGCCAAAGCUUCGUUCCUUACAAAAUCAGCUGCACUUAGAUUUAGAAACAAUAGAUGAGGUGAUUUUUCAGCUUCAAUCAAAGAAGUGUAUCCUGUGUCAGGAAGGUGAUUGUAGUAUUACCCUGAAUCCACGUCAGCAUUAUGUACUUUGUGAUCACUGUGCAGCUGCACAAGAGGAAUGUCCCUGCUGCCAGAAAAAAAAAAAUCUGUG